AUGUCAGUGCAGCAAAAGGCUGAAGCUCUUAGGCAGAAGAUCGAUGAUCUCCUCGUGGAGGGAGUUGACACCGCGAUCCCAAUUCUCAAGGUCGUCAAUGCUACAGCCAGUUGGUGUCCCCCUCUAAUGAUGGCAACUGGCGGUGCACUCUCCAUCCUCGAUGAGGUUAAGAAGUUCAAGGACAACAAGAAGGAAUGGACUGAUUUUGGGAAAUACGUGGUCGACACCAUGGCCGAUGUGGUUUCAGCCAUAAAAUCCUAUGAUGCGUCGGCGGAAGAGGCAAAGCCGUGGGUGGAGAGCGUCACAAAGCUCGAUAGGGCGCUACAGAUGAUUAAGUCCGAAAUCGAACGAAGACUGAAAAAAGUAGAGAAACGACCGGCUGUCCUAAAUGUACUGUCCUACUUGAGAGACCCAGGAAGAAUCGACGGCCUAAAGAAAGAUUUUGAUAAAGCAUUGGCGUCAUUUCAGCUUAGGACGAAUCUAAUAGGUGGUGCCAAAUUAGCGGCCAUAGAACGUCGUCAACAGGACGACAAAAUCCUCGAUAGUCUCCGAUACCCCCAUAUCGCCCAUGAUGAUUUCACCCAGGUGUGCCUAGAAGGGACUAGGAUUGAUCUCACGGAGCGUAUCAUGACAUGGUGUCGCAACACUGGGGAGAGUGAGAACCGGCUAAUGCUACUGACUGCUGUGGCUGGUGCCGGCAAGACUUCAAUUGCACUCACGAUAGCCGAACGAUGUGCUGGUGAGGUAGACAUUACAUUGUUACUGCACUUUUUCUUCAAAGCGGGAGAACGGUCGCGGCCCGAUUUUCUAUUCAGCAGCAUUGCUCGAACUCUAGCAGACCAUGACCCGUUUACCGCACUCUCAUCAUCUCUGCUCUCCGAGAGGACCCCUCCCUCUCAACGGCCCUACUCGCGAAGCAAUUUAAAUGAAUGUGACAAAGAAGUGUUUGAGUCCUUGGCCGAUAUUCUUCGGGAGGAAGUGCCUAGGCUGCCAUCGUCCAUAAAAUUCUUUAUCACAUCGAGACAUACUGAUCUUGUUAAACGCGCCCUCUCACUCCAAUUCCCUAUCGGUCGUCUCGCUAUUGACCUCUCGGAUGACACAAAUGUGCAGGACUGUGCUACAUAUAUACGCUUCGAGCUGCAAAAGCUGAAAAAUUGGCAUCCUAAUUUACAUCUUCAGGACGAGGAUAAAACAAUUCAGGAGAUCUUGGAACGUGCGAGUGGCUUGUUUAUUUGGAUCAGCACCAUCUUUCGCUACAUGAAGACAGCCAACAAGGAUCCCAUGAAGACGUUAGAGGGCUUGCUCGACACUUGCGCCAAACGAUCAAAGGCCCCUGCCGAGGGAAUGAUGGACCGCUUAUAUACAAGCAUUCUGAAGAAGUGCGAUUGGGAAGAUGAAGAUUUUGUUCAUGACUACCCAAUCGUGAUGGGAGCAAUCUUUGUCGCACAGCAGCCUCUGUCCAUCACAGCCUGGGAUGCAAUUUUGUCACCUUUCCUCACGUCUCUUGUUCGAUAUUCGUUGGCUGAACUUGCUCCUCUGCUCUCAGGAGUUGAGGAUUCUCACUUUCCUGUUCGCAUCUUACACCAAUCGUUCCGCGACUUCAUUGUCGAUCGGAUUGUUCCUCCAUCAAUCAACCCUCGUUGCAUUCCAGUAGACGUAGGGACGGGGAAUGCCAGAGUUGCCCUGCGAUGUGCCGAGAUUCUGAACCAGGAUCUUUGCUCUGUAAAGGGCUUAGGACUGAUUGAAAAGUUGUCUGAAGAAGUCGAGCUGCCACUCAUUCCCUCAGAGGAGUCAUCCGAGCACUCUCGUUAUGCAUGUCGCCACAUUGUCCAUCACCUCAGUGGAGUCCAGGAACCAUCAGAGGAGCUGGAUGCGUCAGUUGGGGUGUUUUUCAGUCAGCAAGCAACUCGCUGGGUGGAAGCCUGUGUGAGGAUGGAGGGCUGCAUUAGUAUCUCGUUACUCCCUGAGUGGGCUAAGAGGUCAAAAGGCGCUGUUAGCACGCUGGCCAGUGUGCUUGUCCGGCUUGUAGAUAAUUUGAUUUUUUUUGCAAGAUUCCAGGAGGCAUAUGAGGCAGCAAAUGAUUCUGUUGUACUCUGCCGUUACCUUCUUUUGGUGGACUCAGGGUCCUACUCCCCGGAUUUAGCCGAGUCGCUUGGGGCUCUUUAUUUGGCCCUUUUCAAACUUGGACGGCACUCGGAGGCACUCCCAUUCAUUGAAGAAAGCGUCAAACUGCGGCGCCAGCUAGUCACAGUUCAUCCGGGAACAUACACCCCGAAUUUGGCCAUGUCACUCAGUAAUCUAUAUAACGCUCUUUCCGAUCUCGGACGGCACUCGGAGGCACUCCCAUUCAUCGAAGAAAGCGUCAGCAUCUGCCACCAGCUAGUUGCUGCUCACCCGGGAUCAUACACCGCUGAUUUGGCCAUAUCACUCAGCAAUCUAUACCUUGCUCUUUCCCAACUCGGACGGCACUCGGAGGCACUCCCAUUCAUCGAAGAAAGCGUCAACCUCUACCGGCAGCUGGUUGCUGUUCACCCAGGAUCGUACACCGCAGAUUUGGCCAUUUCACUCAAUAAUCUAUAUGGCGCUCUUUCCAAACUCGGACGGCACUCGGAGGCGCUCCCAUUCAUCGAAGAAAGUGUCAACCUCCACCACCAGCUGGUUGCUGUUCACCCAGGAUCAUACACCCCGGAUUUGGCCAUGUCACUCAACAAUCUAUAUUUUGCUUUUUCCAACCUCGGACGGCACUCGGAGGCGCUCCAAUUCAUCGAAGAAAGUGUCAAACUCCGGCGCCAGCUAGUUGCAGUUCAUCCGGGAUCAUACACCCCGAAUUUGGCCAUCUCACUCAACAAUCUAUACCUUGCUCUUUCCAAUCUCGGACGGCACUCGGAGGCGCUCCCAUUCAUCGAAGAAAGCAUCAAUCUCUACCGCCAGCUAGUCGCAGUUCAUCCGGGAUCAUAUACCUCGAAUUUGGCAAUGUCACUCAACAAUCUAUAUUCUGCACUUUCCAAACUCGGACGGCACUCGGAGGCGCUCCCAUUCAUCGAAGAAAGCGUCAACCUCUACCGCAGCUGUGACGCUCUUUCCAAUCUCGGACGACACUCGGAGGCGCUCCCAUUCAUCGAAGAAAGCGUCAACCUCUACCACCAGCUGGUUGCUGUUCACCCGGGAUCAUACACCCCGGAUUUGGCCAUCUCACUCGACAAUCUGAGUGACGCUCUUUCCAAUCUCGGACGGCACUCGGAGGUGCUCCCAUUCAUCGAAGAAAGUGUCAGCCUCUACCGCCAGCUGGUUGCUGUUCACCCGGGAUCAUACACCCCAGAUUUGGCCAUCUCACUCAACAGUCUAUACCUUGCUCUUUCCAAUCUCGGACGUCACUCGGAGGCACUCCCAUUCAUCGAAGAAAGCGUCAACCUCUACCGCCAGUUGGUUGCUGCUCACCCAGGAUCGUUCACCCCAGAUUUGGCCAUGUCACUCAACAAUCUAUAUUCUGCUCUUUCCAAACUCGGACGGCACUCGGAGGCGCUCCCAUUCAUUGAAGAAGGCAUCAAGAUCCAGCGCCAGCUGGUUGAAAUCAACCCAGGAGCAUACACCCCACAAUUUGCCAAUUCACUCAGGAAUCUUCGCAACGCUCUUUCCAAUCUUGGACGUGAUUCCGAGGCACAAAUGGUCCACAGUUGA